AUGGACUCGGAAGGUUCAAGUUCGAACGGGUUCAAGCGGAACUCUGCCCACCACAGCAUCUACAGUCGCCCCGUUGAACGACGUGCCAGCAAGAAGUCGUCCUCUAAGGACCGUCAUGGCAUGGUCUACCCCGAUAGCUUCAGAGAGACGAGUAUUCGGACCGUGACGCCGGAUUCCUCCUCCGAGACACGCAAUCAUUCACCCUCAUCCGAAGCCGAGAAUUUGUCUGGAAGUGCAGCCCCCUCGCCUCGUGCAGCGUACAAAUCGAGGGCGCCCGACCCUGAGUCUCGUCGCGAUUUCCACCCUUAUUACUCCGCCGGAGACGAAGAUGAUGUUCAAGUGGAGUCACGGAGCCAGCGGGCGCGAUCUCGCACCACAACUUUAGACGAUCAGCGCAGUGAGAUUUCUCCGAAUUCUUUCUUGACACGAACUCGAACUCGCCUCGGCUCCAUAAACACCACCUCGCCUCAGCCUAAACAGUCGGAGGAUCAAACCUCCAUCGGUUUCCCGUCGAUACAACCGGCUCCGUAUUUCAGCCAGACCUUUGGCCGUCAACGUUUGAGUCGGAACCUGGGGAGCUCAAAUUCGGUGACCGGCCUGGCGACAAGUCCGGUUUCUCCAUCCUUAUCAAGUACCGAUGCAUCCAAAGUUCUACAAUUGAUGAAGACUACCUCCGGAAGGAUGCAUGGGAUUCUAUCAUUCCGGACGUCCUCAACGACCGCUUGGACGUCAGGCUACUGCGCAAUCAAUGUUGCAACCGGCAGUUUAAUAUACCAGGCUAAAGGAGAACCCGCAUUGGCAAAGACGUUGAUCCCUGACCUGCGUGGUUGCCAAGUCCGCUCGCUUGUUGAUGCCGAAUCUCGAGCCAAUUACCUCAAAGUGUCUACGUUUACAUCAGGCUUAGGAAUCGAAUUGAAGCCUCACGUGAGCGAAACAUUCGACUCCUGGCUCGCAGCCUUGCUGUGCUGGCAACCGAUCCGACCCAAGGGGGUGCAGAACAAGAUGACGAAACCUCAAUCGGUGGCUAUCGGCGACCGUCAUCUCAUCGACCGUCGGCGAAACUCCGAGAGCACCGUCCAGAAAGAAGCAGCCAUCAUCAAGGUCGGCAAGAUGCUUCUCUGGGAUCGACCGAGCGCGUCGGGAGUACGGCCCAAUUCCGGUCGCCGCGUUUCUACAUAUCGGCAACAAAGGGCCCUGUCUUCGUCAUGGCAAAAAGUCAGCUGCACCCUGCAGGAGAAUGGUGCUUUCAAACUCUUCACCGAAUCGGAUAUCACACUAGUCACCUGCAUUCAAUUGUCCCAGCUGUCGCGAUGUUCGGUGCAGCAGUUGAAUGAGUCAGUUCUGGAGGAUGAAUUCUGCAUCGCCAUCUUUCCUCAAUAUGCGGCGCAUCCCGCCUCGGGGUUGACCCGUCCGGUGUAUCUUGCGCUCGAGAGCCGGGUGCUUUUCGAAGUCUGGUUCGUUCUUCUGCGCGCUUUCACGAUUCCCGAACUCUAUGGGCCGGAGAUACCGGUGGACGAAAACCAAGCUAGCAACAUGGACUCAGGCGAUUCGAGCUUUCCACCUACGAGAGAUCUGUUCCGGAUCGAAAGGAUGCUCUGUGUACGAGUAACCGAGGCCAAAUUAAUCCGUGACAGAACCUCAGAGGAGACAGCAAGAAGCCGAAAGCAGUCAAGAUCUCAUAGCAAUUCGCUUCCGGCGCCGGCUAUCAGCGAUUAUUACACGGAACUUCUUCUCGACGGCGAGAUUCGGGCUAAAACUGCAGUCAAGUAUCGGACGUCGAAUCCUUUCUGGCGUGAGGACUUCAUCUUCCAGGAUCUGCCGCCUGUUCUAUCGCAAGUCAAGAUACUCGUCAAAACGAUCAACCCCGCCCAGAAGGAUUGGACUCUCAUCGCGCAUGGCUCUUACGCAUUAAACCAGGAGACGAGUGGGAUGCAUGGGUUAGAUGAUGUUGAGCUCUCGUCCCAUGAUCCCACAUACGGACGGGUGGAGAUACGGUUGGACGACUUGGAGUCGGGCGUGGAAACGGAGAAAUGGUGGACAAUAUUCGAUGGCAGGGACCAGUCUGUAGGUGAAAUGCUCAUGAGAGCUCGGAUGGAGGAGACGGUCGUCUUGAUGUCGCACGAAUACAUGCCCAUGUCCGAGAUACUGCAUUCCUUCACCAACGGACUCACCAUCAACAUGGCUCAGAUCAUUUCUUCUGAACUCAACCAGCUGGCUGAGGCGCUCCUCAACAUCUACCAGGUCUCGGGCCAGACUGUUGAGUGGAUUUCUGCUUUGGUCGAGGAUGAGAUUGACGGAGUUCACAAGGAAUCGACUACAAACAGACUCAGAUAUACCACAAGAAUUCACUCCAACGAUUCUAGGGAAUCGGCCCAGGAUCGAGAAGUUCUUGUCAGAGAUCUGGGACGAACGGCCACUGUCGAGGCAAAUCUACUCUUCCGAGGAAAUUCCCUGCUGACCAAAGCCCUCGACUUGCAUAUGCGCCGGCUGGGGAAGGAGUAUCUAGAAGAAACAAUAGGCGAGCGCCUUCGCGAAAUCGAUGAAAGCGAUCCUGACUGCGAAGUCGACCCGUCACGGGUACAUCGUGCGGACGACCUCGAGCGCAACUGGAGAAGCCUCAUCGCCCUCACGACAAGUGUUUGGAAGUCGAUUGCCAGUUCCGCAUCCCGCUGCCCUCCAGAAUUGCGACUAAUUUUCCGACAUAUCAGGGCCUGUGCAGAAGAUCGAUAUGGUGAUUUCCUGCGAACCGUGACCUAUAGCAGUGUUUCCGGUUUCUUAUUCUUGCGGUUCUUCUGUCCUGCAAUUUUGAACCCUAAGCUCUUUGGAUUACUGAAAGACCACCCUCGCCCUCGUGCUCAACGGACAUUGACCCUGAUCGCGAAAGCUUUGCAAGGCCUUGCCAAUAUGACGACGUUCGGCAGCAAAGAGCCUUGGAUGGAGCCGAUGAACAAAUUCUUGGUCGGCAGUCGUCUCGAGUUCAGACAGUUCGUCGAUUCAAUCUGCGCGAUUCCUGCGGACCGUCCCACUCCCAUCGUCACACCGUCGUAUGCCACUCCUAUUCAGAUUCUGAAUCGACUACCUCAUACUUCCCGCGAGGGCUUUCCCAGCCUUCCUUUCCUCAUUGAUCACGGAAGGAGUUUCGCCAAUUUAAUAAGGAUCUGGCUUGAGGGUGCACCUGGGAAGCUUGCCGGGUUAGAAGAAAUCGACCCAGCAAUUCAGAAGUUCCAUGAGAUGGCCUAUCGCCUCAACCAACGAACCAAGGACUGUUUAAGUAAGGCUGAACAGGCUGAGCGUCCGAAUGGCACUCUCGAAGUGAAGUGGGAAGAACUGGUAGAUUCUAUGGAACGAUCGGCGACAUUCUACGAGGAAAGUUCGAAACCGACAACACCAGCGACGGAGACAGCCGUGCCAGCGCCGGCCUCUGUUACGGGAAACCACAGGAAUUCUAUAGGCUACUUUGUUUCUCGGCCGUCACUACCUCGACGGUCUACAGAUCACAGCCCCGAUGCUGAAGCUGAAACCCCUCCAAGCUCCUCAUCAGCCACUUGGGACCAGAGCCGUGUGCCUUUUUCAAUGCCGCGGUGGUCAGACACACGAGACAGCACUGGCAGUUCGAAGAACUCGUCCACUUACUCACUUGAAUAUUCUGACAUGUCGAAAGCGCGCCGAGCCAGCGUCACUAAAGAGACGUCGACAAGCAAGUAUCGAUUCUUCGACUUCGUCCCCGCUUCGUCGAGGCGAAAAGCCAAGGAGCGGGAGAAUACUCAACAACAUUCCCGCGAAGAACUGCGCAAUGAGCUCUGA